AUGCUUGGCUGCCCUCUAGAAUGUUUCCAUCCACUGCUUGACAGAUGCUCACGCUCCAGGCACAUACUGGAAAAUAAGCUGGAACGAGAGUUGAUCACGCACCCAGAGCUAGACUUAGAAGUGGAGCCUCGCUUUUUAGUGAAGAGCAUUUUGAGAAAUAAGCCAUAUAACAGAGAGUUUUUAGAGCUCAAAUUAAAACAGGUCGUUUGGACUAAGACAAUGAUUGCGUUUUUUGAUUACUUCGAUGGCGAGUUCGGGGACGCCUUUUUUGAACUUCGGUGGAUUCUACAGUUCCUACAUGAGGUGCGCAAAUUCCCGGGAGUGCUUUAUUCCAAUCUUGUACUAUCGCUUGACUACGAGCGAUCUUUGUCUUUGCUAUGCAGCCGAUCUCUAAUAAAGUCACUACAACCUCCAAACUCAAUACGAGCGAAAAAUGGAGUCCAGCUCAAGGUUAAUCGCCUAAACAUAUUUGAGGGGCUACUCACAAAUAUAUUGGAUUGUACGGAACCUAGUGUCUUGACUUGUGUCGACGUAGUUGAUUACUACAUGAUGGAUCAACUGUUUACAGUAUUGGGCGAGGUUGAAAGAUCGAUAGCAUUCUUGAAAGGCACAGUCUGUGAUGCUAGAGAACACUCUAAAUACCAAGGUUUUGUAAUUAGAGCACAAAGGACACACAUUGACAGUAUGAUACGCAAAUACAUUCUAGCAUCAACUUUCAAGCUUCCAGGGGACCCUACUUUCAUAAAAUGCUUUGAUGGGGUGUUAGAUGGGAUAUUGCUAUACGGAGGAAUCCAUAUCUGUGUGAUUUUGUUUUUCUAUAAGGUGAAAGAGUUUUUUCAAGCUAAGCACUAUGCAUUGAAACAGAACAAACCGCCUUUAGAAGCACCUCGUCCACCUUGCGUCGCUAUAAUCGAUGGUAUAAUAUUGGGUUUGGGGCAAGAAAUAGAAAGCAGGGUUACUGGAGAAAUCCAAUGCCCGCAAGUUUUAGUCAAGGCCGAUAACCACGAAAUAUUAAUGGUUGACACGGUUUUCGAAGAAUCUGAGAACGAUCAUAAUCAUGACAUAACCAUCUUGCUGAGCGCCGCGAAACUUAAAGCAAAAAAAAAGCUGCGCGGUGGACCACAGGUACAUCAGAAGUAUGUCGUUUCUCAAUGGCAAAUUGGAUUAUCCUGGGUUUCCUUUUGGGAAGUCUGUUAUACUGAUAACAAAGGGGUUGUACCUCAUGAACUUCAAGUACGCAUGAAAAAAGUUCGUGAGUUAGCUUCUAGCUCUAUGGCUGAAACCUGUCAACAGUAG